CAGCGCCGGGAGUCCCGGGAUAACAGCGCCGGGAAUCCCGGGAUAACGGCUCCGCACCUCCCCGCAGGGGCCAAGAACCUCUACAUCAUCUCGGUGAAAGGCAUCAAGGGCCGCCUGAACCGGCUGCCGGCGGCCGGCGUGGGUGACAUGGUGAUGGCCACGGUGAAGAAGGGCAAGCCGGAGCUGAGGAAGAAGGUGCACCCGGCAGUGGUGAUCCGGCAGCGGAAAUCCUACCGGAGAAAAGACGGAGUGUUCCUGUACUUCGAGGACAACGCGGGAGUGAUUGUAAAUAACAAAGGGGAAAUGAAAGGCUCGGCCAUCACAGGCCCCGUGGCCAAGGAAUGUGCGGAUCUGUGGCCCAGGAUCGCUUCCAACGCCGGGAGCAUCGCCUGAUCCCGAUCCUGAUCCCGAUCCCGGCCCUGCCCCUGGCCAGGAACACAAAAUAAAACUCCUUGUACCAAC